CACAAUCUAAAGUUAACUUGCCGUUAAUCAAGAUGCAACUGCUGCCAAUCCUCGUGCUCCUCGCUCUCCUCAUCUGCGCCGCCUGCAAGAACCACGAGGACUGGGGAGGAUACCGACCAAGUGACUACGAUCCCAGGCCAUAUUUCCGGCAGUUCUAAAUGAUCACGAAACUCAACCCACAGGAAAAUCUUUACGAAAAAUCGAUGCAACCAUAGAAAGAAAAUAAAC